AUGAUGGCCACUUACCCUCAACACCAGAACCAGCUGCAACAGCACCCAGGUAUGCAGCAGGGUCCUCAACAACAUGUUCAAGGCCAUCCAGGACAACCGGCGCCUCAUGGGAUGCAGCAAUUACAUCCUCAACAAGCCCAGGUAUAUGCUGCUCAGCAGGCUGCUGCUCAACAGCAACAUCAGAUGGCGCUAGUAGCUGGGUUACAUCCAGGACAAGCACAGAUGGCCCAAAUACAACAACAACAGCAGUUGCUAGUACAAGCACAGCAACGGCAGCGACAACAGCAGGCCCAACAACAGCAUGCGAUGAUGAACGGAAUGAAUGUGGGUAUGGGAAACCCGGGCGGUCCGCCGGGAGGAGGUGUACCCGGUGCUAAUAUGGGGGGAUAUGGGGGUGGAAACCCUCAAAUGAGAGGAAAUGUGAGUCUACCACCACAUAUUCAUCAACAAUUGGCACAGGCGCAAGCAGCCCAGCAGCAGCAACAGCAGCAACAGCAGCAACAAAUGGUUGCGCAACAGAUAGCCAUGAACCAAGCGAAUGCUGCCGCUCAUUCUCAGGCUUCCCCAAUGAACAUGGCCCCACAACCACAGAUGAGCAUGCAGGGAAAUCUUGCACAGCAGCAACAGGUAGCACUGGCUGCCCAGGCUGCCCAAGCCCAAGCCCAGGCCCGAGCCCAACAGGCUCAGCAACAACCUCAAUCUUUACGAGGUGCCUCUGUACUGAAACUACACCAAUUCUGUAGUCACCUAGCUGCGUUUGAGACUCCUCGGCUUGCGAACGACAUCAACUAUUGGCGAACAUUCGUUUCAAACUUCUACUCGCCUGGCGGUGUAAUGCGACAGGCGCUCUGGAAUAGCACAACGCGGGAAACAAAGCAAUUCGAGAUUACAACCCAGGUUCUAGCUCGCUACUACUACACAUUAUUCGAGAGCGGUGUAAGAAAUGUACAGAUCAUGCUUGAAGGUACUCGGGAGACGCCGCUUCCAAACCAAGGGCACAUUGUGGAAUCCCCGAAAGCAAGUUUCGUGUAUUGGUUCCAAAACGAUUGUCACUUGAUUGCCACUGGAGUGCUGAAGGCAACUUUCAACCUUCAUUCCCAGAUGGAGGCGUUGGAUUUUCAGACAAACGAGCAUAUUGAUUACGUGCCCCGGUCAGUCGUGAGUGCGCUGGUAUCCGCCAACGAGGAUGCCCAGAUAAAGUCAUCGCCUGGCAGCAAAUCGUUAGGAAAGAGACCCUCGCAACGUCAUGUGGAUGUACCUGAAACUCUAGUGAACCCGUACGGGGUUCCUGACACUGUUUUUAGAUGUUUGGAGAUCGCAGAAACAAUAUCUCAAAUGCGCGACCUCUUCAGCUUUUCACAAGCGAAUGCGAAUCUAACACCUAGCCAAGCUCUCCAAAGUAUUGUGACUCAACAACAGCAACAGCAACAGCAGCAUAUAGCUCAUCAGCACGCGAUGCAGCAACAGGCAGCUAUGCAGCAACAGCAGCAACAGCAGCAACAGCAACAGCAACAGCAACAGCAACAACAACAGCAACAACAACAGCAACAGCAACAGCAACAGCAGCAACAGCAGCAGCAGCAGCAGCAGCAGCAGCAGCAAGCAGCGCACGCUUCAGCUCUAGCUCAGGGGCUUCAGCCACAGCAGGGGCACCCCGGCGGACCUGGCGGCAUCCCGCGUGGCCCUAACCAGCAGCAGCACCAAAUGAUGGGCGGACUCCCAAUUGGUCUUACACGAUCACCAUCGGCGAAUGAGAUGCGGAUGGGUGUACCGCCUUCACCGCAUCUAAGUGUAGGAGGAGUGGGAGGAGGACCAGGCACAACUCCAAGUCCACAUAUUCAGGCCCCAGGUAGGAAGCGCGAACACAUCUCCGAAUCAAACGAAUAA